GGGAUACUUGGGGCUGACUUUUCAUCUCUACAUGACAUAGACCGGGUGCAUGUUGCACGCCUCUCCGGGAGAAGGUUCUAAGGGCAGACUCGGGCUACUUUUCUGCAGGAGUCAUUUUGCUGAAACUUCCAGAAAUGAAGGAAAGAUGCAAGAACGCAGCGAAGACGCGGAGAGAGAAAGAGAACGGGGAGUUUUAUGAGCUGGCCAAGCUGCUGCCUCUGCCGGCGGCCAUCACAUCCCAGCUGGACAAGGCCUCCAUCAUCCGACUGACCAGCAGCUACCUCAAGAUGAGAGCAGUCUUCCCCGAAGGUCUGGGUGAUGGAUGGGGUCAGUCAACAAGGUUCAGUCCUCUGGACAGCAUGGCCAAAGACCUGGGUUCCCACCUUUUACAAACUCUGGAUGGCUUUGUGUUUGUUGUUGCCUCUGAUGGCAAAAUCAUGUACAUCUCUGAAACAGCAUCAGUCCACCUUGGCCUGUCCCAGGUGGAGCUAACGGGAAACAGUAUAUUUGAGUACAUUCACCCAUCAGACCAUGAUGAGAUGACAGCAGUGCUGAGUCUUUGCCAGCCCCCGAACCAUCACUUCUCUCCAGAGUAUGAAAUUGAGCGCUCCUUCUUCUUGAGGAUGAAGUGUGUUCUUGCUAAACGAAAUGCAGGACUUACAUGUGGGGGAUAUAAGGUCAUCCACUGCAGCGGCUACCUCAAAGUGCGUCAGUACAUGAUGGACAUGGCGCUGUAUGAAUCCUGCUAUCAGACUGUGGGUCUAGUGGCAGUUGGUCACUCCCUGCCCCCCAGUGGUAUCACAGAGAUCAAACUUAGCAGUAACAUGUUCAUGUUCCGGGCCAGCUUGGACUUUAAACUCAUUUUCUUGGACACAAGGGUGGCAGAGCUGACAGGCUAUGAGCCUCAGGACCUGAUAGAGAAGACACUGUACCACCACGUCCAUGCCUGUGAUGUUUUCCCUCUACGCUAUGCUCACCAUUUAUUAUUGGUGAAGGGGCAGGUAACUACUAAGUACUACCGUAUGUUAUCAAAGCAUGGAGGCUGGGUGUGGGUGCAGAGCUAUGCCACCAUCGUCCACAACAGCCGUUCCUCCAGACCUCACUGUAUUGUUAGUGUUAACUACGUCCUCACCAAUAUCGAGCACAAGGAGCUGCGGUUAUCCGAGGACCAGAGCCGAGCCAUCAAACCUGGCGUCAGUCUUACUUCUUCUCAGGACCACCAAAAACAACUCAGAACCAAAGCAGUCAAGAUGAAGACCAAACUCAGAGCAGCUCCCUAUUCUGAGGUGGGACUUCCACUUAGCUUAAUGCAGGCCGCUAGCUACUUUCAGCCAGACUAUUUGAGCUGCUCACCACAGAGGGGGCUGUGGAAGGAGAGAUCCCUGCAUCCAGUGAUUCCCUGCAGAGAGAAGAGCUCCAGUUUGAGCCCUGAGGCACAUCAGGGGUCCGUCAGCACCACUUGCAAUCUCACUCACCACUUCCCCCUCAAACACCGAUGUCUGGAUGCUCAGAGUCAGCUGCCCAGCUCAGGCCCCCCCUCUCAACUGGCUCAGCAGAUCAUUGGCUCCCUGCACAGUAGAGCACCAACUGGAUGGAACAUCAGCAGCCCUCCAAUACCCAACAAAUACACAGGCCCCAUGCUUGCAGCUGGCCGUGGGUGCCCUGAUGAGCUUGCCCAUCGUUGUUCCAGCAGCACAAACCAGCAUUUUACCAGCAGGCUAAAGGAAGAAUCCGACGACCAUUACACAUUUGUCCACAGAGAUGUGUCGGAGGUUCUUCUACGCCCGAGUCCUCAUGACACCAAGGACAAUAAGCCUUUAAGCCAGGAUGUCCGGCAAAUUUCACGAGGUGCUGAGGGACCUCAGGGUGACCGGGUGCUGGCUUGCCCUUUGAUUAGUGGCCUGAUUCUGGGUAAAGGUGAGCGGAGUAGCUUGCUGUACAGCAUGGGCCAGCCUCUUCCUGUGCAGAUGGCGCGAGAGCAGAGGAGAAGGCUGUGUAUGAAGGACGCCUCCUACAGCCACACAGCUGUGGGAUAUCCACAACCUGCUGACAGCCACCAGACCUGUGGGGCUGCCACAGGUCUGCAGCCUGGGUCUGCUGAGGAGGACAGGAGAAUGUUGACAGGUAUGGGGAAUGGGCUGGAACUUCCAACCAAAUCUCCAUAUAUGUCUUUCAACAUUGAUAAAGUUGUGAGCAAACACAGUUCUAUUAAAGAUGGCCACAGUUACCACUGUAAGGACACAGUCUCUCACAGCUGCAACAGCCCCAGUGCCAGUUUGCCCCCCGAGAGCCACAGAGAGAUCCCACAUUAUAUUGGCACAUCUGUCAUUAUCACAAAUGAGAGGUGACCCAGGGCAGAUGCUCAGGAGACUCGCUGCAAUUACUUUGACUCAUUCAAUGACUAAUUUUUCAUUUUGCAUUUUACUCUUGCAGGAUAGUUUGAUAUACUACAGGGCAGUAUGGUGAUAAGCUUUUUGCUCUUAUGUUGGCCACCAUAUAAAACAUCAACCUCAGCAAGGCCCACUGAACCAAUUACAAUGUUUGUUUGCAAUAACUUUGGAUAGGAAACCCCUUGUUAGUUCAUACAGAAUUUAAAGAGGCUUUGUGGAACUGGUGUGUUGCCCUGGAAGCCGGUCCUUAGAUUCUGUUAGUGGACUACUGAGGCACAGAGGCACUGAGAUGAGGCACUGAGACGAGGCACACAGAAAAUCCAACCCAAGUCCUUCACAAAGAAAUCUACAGUCCAGCAGCAUUAGGCCAUGGCCAGGCAAGGGCAGAGUUUUCAGAUUUUUCCACCCUGAGACCAGGUUUUAAAAAAGUGCAUUUACAGGCACAGCGUUUACAAGAUCCAUGUGGACGGCCCUUUAAACAACUUCACCGAACAAACAAAUCACCCACUGGCUUUACAGACAACAGAGCGAGACGGGGAGGGUCCCCUUUUACCACAUCAUGUUGCAAUCUGCUCAUAUAUGGCCAAUAAAAGAAACUGUUAAUUACUAGGAAUUGUUGCAUAGAGCCCCUUUACUGUUUUCACCAUAAUGUGAUUUCUUAGUGUAUACAACUCAUUCAUUGGAAAUGCAUGUCGAUGUUUAGAUAUCUUGUUCAUAACAACGCUGUCACUAAUAUGUGGUUGACCUAAUAUACCAUGAGCGUUUGACCGUGCUUUACUGUAUGUCUUUAAAUGGUACACUUACAACAGAAAUAAACAUAUUUGCCAAUUUCACAUAUCUCCACAACACAAGUUAAUGACCAAUUGUCUACCCAGAAGCGACUGCUGUUGCUGUUAGUGUCAUGUCAUGGUGAUUUGGUUUAUAGUGUUCAUAUGCAAUAAAGCUUUAGAAAGAAUACUAUUAACUUU